AUGUCUUUAAACUACAUCAAAAACUUCUAUGAAGGAUGCCUCAGGCCUCCUACGGUGAUAGGCCAGUUCCACACCUUGUUCUUCGGCUCGGUGCGGAUGUUCUUCUUGGGCGUUCUUGGCUUCGCUGUCUACGGGAAUGAGGCGCUGCACUUCAGCUGUGACCCUGAUCGCAGAGAGCUCAACCUCUACUGCUACAACCAGUUCAGACCCAUAACGCCCCAGGUCUUCUGGGCGUUGCAGCUGGUGACGGUGUUGGUUCCCGGCGCAGUGUUCCAUCUCUACGCAGCCUGUAAGAACAUCGACCAGGAGGAGAUCCUGGAGCGACCCAUCUACACCGUCUUCUACAUCAUCUCUGUUCUCCUACGCAUCAUCCUGGAGGUCAUCGCCUUCUGGCUCCAGAGUCACCUCUUUGGCUUCCUGGUCCACCCCCUGUACAUGUGUGACGCCAGUGCUUUGGAAAAGAGCUUCAAUGUGACGAAGUGCAUGGUGCCCGAACACUUUGAGAAGACCAUCUUCCUCAGUGCCAUGUACACCUUCACCGUGAUAACCAUACUGCUCUGUGUUGCUGAGAUAUUUGAGAUUCUGUGCCGGCGGCUCGGUUAUCUCAACAACCAAUGA